AUGGAUUUCUCUCAGCCAUCUACUCUUGGUUUCCGAACCAGAGCCGCCAAAAACCUCGCUCUGUUACGCCUCCACUCUCACUCGCCGUCUCCGUCAACAGUAACCGACGCAGAAUCUUUCCGUUACCUUCAGCUCCGUAAUCGCCGUCUAGAGAAACCUCAGUUACUAAUCGAAUCGAGGAAACAACCUAAACAGCUCAAACACCGUGUCCACGACGGUGAAUCGAGAAACCCUAAGGCGAAUCUUGCUACGGCGAAAUCAGAUGCUUCGAUCGGAGAGAACAAUAUCCUCGAUUGCGAAUCGGGAAUUAGGAGGACGAGUGACUUAGUAAGAAAUUCAGAAGCCAUUGCUUGUACUUGUGAGAUUGAAGAGUUCUUUGAAUUUGCAGAGCAUAAACAACAGAGACAUUUUACAGAGAAGUACAACUUUGAUAUCGUGGCGGAUAAUCCGUUGUCAGGGCGAUACGAAUGGGUUAAGGUAUUGCCAUGA